AUGUGGAAAAACGAGAAAACGGGUACCUGUUUAAGGAGAGAAAGGCAAAUUACGGAUUUUCGGGCAACACUAGAAGAUUAUGAGCUGGAAACUUGGGAUUCCAUGGACCUUGUUUCACAUAGGCAAAGGGUCAAAAAGUUGAAACUAUCGAGCAAAAGCGAAAGGGUGAAGCAUGUGCUACAGCAAUACAAAGAUAGCUCUGGCCAAAGAAUCAGUUUCAACAAGUCCGCACAGUAUUUCAGUGGUAACACAACAGAGACUCAACAAAAAGAGAUUAGAAAAGUCUUUAGAGUUCAAAUCACUUCUAACCCAGAGAAAUAUUUGGGACUGCCUUCCAUGGUGGGGAGAGACAGGAAACGUGCAUUCAGAGGGUUGAAAGACAGGAUAAGCUCAAGAUUAGCAAGCUGGUCAAGCAAAGCUCUAUCUCAAUGGGCGGGAAAGAGUGAAAUAAAUAGUACAAUCAGCAACUAUUGGUGGAAGCAUGGAAAUGCGAGGGCAGGUAUCAACAGGAUGAGCUGGAAACGGACGUGCAAGCCAAAAACAGAAAAAGGAAUGGGAUUCAGGGAUGUGGCUAAGUUCAAUAAGGCAAUGUUGGCAAAACAAGGUUGGAGGUUGUUGACAAACACAAACAUAUUGGCCUAUGGGGUAUUGAAAGCAAAGUACUUCCCAAGUACAUCCUUGUUGAAUCUAAACUGGGUGGCAAUCCCUCACUGA